UAGUAACUGACCCCCCUCCCCGCUCCUCUAUCUGAUUUCUGUCCCCUUCAAUUUGUGAUUUGUAAAAUUCUUCUGAAUUGAAAAGGCAACGCUGACAUAAACGGGAUAUAAUUUAUUAUUAAACGUCUAAAAAUUCAGUUGAAAUGUGUGAUAACGAAAAAGAAGAAGCAGCUAAUCUGAAAGAGGAAUUUGAAUGGGUCCUUCGCGAAGAGGUGCACGCGAUAUUACACCAGCUUCAUACAGUAUUGGUUGAAUGCGCUCACAGGUUUCCUGUGCCGUUGUAUGGAAAUGAGGGGCAGAAGCAAGACAAAUUCAUAUUGACAUCACAACCUGAACAACUAAAAUGUAUUGUGACACUUACAGGAGAUAGUAUAUCCCAUGCUGACAUAAGUUUCAAAGUGUUACGGCAAAUGCACACAAUAUGCCGUACAUCAAUCAACCAGGAUGGGCCUUGGAAGCUCCAGCAGAUACAGGAUGCUGCAAAUCAUUUACAACAAGCAAUUGGUUAUAUUGAUAAUGUGGAUAAACAUUAUGUAUUCAGAUCAUCAGAAGAAGUGCUUCACAUAAUUCAAUGUCUUAUCGGUUCACUGCAACGAGCUCGGACUGCCUUAGUACUGCCCAAGAAAAAAGCAAUCGAUGAGCUUAUGAAGAGUAGAAAUAUGAAGGCAUUAUCUCCGAAUCUACCAGAAGACUUAGCAAUAUCAUUCUACAUACAGUCGCACAAGCUUAUAUUCGUUGCGUACCAGCUGAGCUCCGUGCAUGGUACAAUGAGGAUUGACUCAUGUCAAGCAGAUUGCGCCGUUCCUUGGCUAAGUGAUGUAUUGUUUAUGUUAACGGCAGCACUUCAUAUGUGUCAACAACUUAAGGAUAAGCUCUGUGUCUUCUCCCAAUACAAAGAUUUUACAGUGGGAUCAAGAUCUGCCUCCAUGGUAUUCAACUAAAUAUUACCUACCGGGAUGUUACCUAAUUCUCAAAGUGUAUGUAAGCAUUACAUAAAUAUACCUAGGUAUGCGUAAUAUACAAACGAUUGUAUGUAAGUACUACAUGUAUUUAUUUAGUUAAAGUUAUUGAGUCCAUUGUUGAUAUUCUUGUUGAGUAUGAUGUAAAAUAAUGUAUAGAAAUUAAUGUUACAACUAACUAUAGAAUAACUAAUCUUGGGUCUGCCAUGAGUGUAUAUUUUGAGUAAUAGCAAAGACGGAGGAAAUAUAAAAGUAUUUUUUUUUUUAAUUUAUUUCAACUACUUACAUUUAUUUAUGGACAUUGAUUAAUAUUUAAGGUUUAUGUUGAUUGUUAUUAUUAAGUUGGUAACAUUUGUUGAUGAUUUAUGUUAGAUGUUUUAGAGAGCACAGUAUAGCCAUCUGGCGGAUAACUGGAGAACUAUUCAUCAAGGUUCAAUGACACUUGGUCCUUUUGGAACUAUUGGAGGUAAAAACCUUGUGUUUCGUUUAUUUUUUAUUUCAGUUUAGUUUAGAUGGCUCUAGUUAGACUAAUGUACACAAAGCGUUGUAGGAUACGACAAAGCAAUAAUAUUUUCUACAGCCUAACAAAUUAACGUAUAAAAUGUAAGUGCAAAGUUAUAGUCGAAUAGCCCUUGUGUACGAUAAUGGUAUUUAUGUCGUGGUUAUAAGUCCCAAUUCAGAAUGAAGGUCCAAAGUUUGAAUUAUGAUUGUAUUAUUUGAUGUUUUUAGUUAUGGAAUGAGGCUUUUUAAGACGUUUCACCCUUUGAAUGUGGUUUGAAAGUUGGUAUGUAACUGUUACUAUUAAAAAUAUAAUCAUUUUGCCUGAUGUUGCCUAAAUAUGUAAUCAAAUACAAUUUUGACUGUUUAAUAUUGUCUUCAAUUUGUAAUAAAUACAUUAAAAGGGUGUUUAACGAAAUGCAUAAUCCAGCAAAUGAUUUAAUUAGUUAUUUAUUUGUAUAUUAAUUAAUAGAUCUGAAUGUAUGUUUAAAGGAAUUAUAAAUUGUAUAAACUUGAAGCCGUAGCUUCUACUAUUUGUCUGUAUUGCCAUAUUUAAAUGAAAACAUAAACGAAUGUAAUAAUGAAGCAUAUAAAUUAAUGUAUGGAAUUAUAUUCAUAUACCUAUUAAGAAAAAUGUCCGUCAAUAUAAAAAAAAACUACUAUAAUCUUGCUGUCCAAAAGUUUUUUUUUAUUGUUUAAAUAUAGAACAUUGUCACGAAAAUGCGUCGAACAGAAACAUAACAUUAAAAAAGUGUUGCCAAAGUGUCAUUUCAAAUUUCUACUUUUCAUUUUUAAAUCUUUUACAGAAUGUUAUUCUCUCUUUAAAUGCUUCUGCUUUUAAUAUAUCCAAAAAUCAAACUUGAAACACUUCAGAGCUAUGUCACAGUCAAUUAAAAAGUGUCCCUAAAGAACACAAAAUGAUAAAAAAUCUUCAAUUUCUUGUAAGAAUGUGAUAGUAAAUACAUCCUUGUGUAAGAGGUAGAUAAGGAAAGGUUUUGCUUGACAAAAAUAUAAUUAAAAGUCACAAGUCGGAAUUGUUUGUCCCUGUCUCCGAUUUUCAACCUUAAUUCAUUUGAAAUAAAGUUAAAAAUCGAUCGAAAUUUCUGACUUAGCACCAAUUUUGGCAUUAUCGGGAAGUAUCAACUAUCUAAUGUGAAUAGAACAGCUAAUAAUAUUUCCAAUCACUCGGGAUGUCUAUAAAUAUUCUAGUCUAAGCCCUUUGACGAUCACAUUUCGCAAAAUAAAUGUUAUUCAUUUGAGAAGUGCAACAUUAAUAUAUUUAAACGUAAAUAAUAAUCAUUUACCAGUGUUUUCAUUGUAUUAAACUUAAUCUAAUCGCCGUACUCAGAGUCAUUAAAUGGUUAUUUACCCGUGUCCUUCCUUAGCAAUCGGAAUAAAAUCGUUACUAAGGAAUAGUUUAGGUAAUCAUUAAAUGUCUCUGAGUGUCAACGUUUCGCACAUUUUUGAGUUCAAUAAAUAUUAUUAUGAGUUUAUUUCAAAAGAAUGUUAGAAGCUCGUCAUAAUGCGAGUGAGUAAUUUAAAAUUGGGAAGCAUCGAAACAAAUACGAUUUUUAAUAGGACUGCGAGGUUGUAAAGUAUAAAUAAAUUGGCAAAGGAAUUGGCAAUUAUUGUAAAACUGUAUUUUUCUGCACAUAUUAUUAAUAAAUUUGAUAAGUAAUAAAUAAAAUUGUUAACGCACUUUCUGGAUAUUCGCUACUAUAUAAGUCUUGAAAUUAACUAUUAUUAUGGUUAUAUUUUAUUUAUAUUUAGACUGCACUCACUGUGGUCACAACUGCCUAUAUUAAAAAUUCAUUCCUUCAGAAUUUUGGACGCGAAAACAGUUACACAACUUGAGAAGAUUGUCUCUUCUCCUGUGUAAAGUACCAUCAUGUUCAAAUAAUUAAUUUGACAUGUUUGACAAUAAAAUUAUUGUACUAGUAUUAUUAGAUAGUCUCAAGGCUAUUUUAUCUAUAUCUACUGUGUAAACAGUUCAUAUGAUUGUGUUGUAUUUCAAUAAAUCAAAAUGCUGUUAUGCA